AUGAGGAAUGUGGUCAUUUUGUGGCUUGCCACAACGGUUGUGGUUGAGGGUCAAGUUUCGAGGUGGAAGAAACCUCCACCGCAACCUUCGAGGUAUUUUGUUAACGUGGUAAAUGGACUAAGCUACCACAGUUUGGAUGUGCAUUGCCAAUCCAAGGACGAUGAUUUGGGAUAUCAUCAUUUGGUUAACCAUGGAGAUUAUUUUCAAUGGAACUUUGAAGAAAACUUCUUUGGAACAACCUUGUUUUGGUGUAGAUUGGAGAAGUCAGAUGCAUAUGUCGCUUUUGAAAGCUUUUGGCCCGAGUCAACAAACCGUUGGCUUCGUGAUAGAUGUGGGAAUCAAGGAACUUGUGUUUGGAUUGCUAAAGAUGAUGGAAUUUAUUUAAGAAAUAUACCUGUUAAUGUUGAUGAAUUAGUUCAUAAAUGGAUCUCUAAGUAA